UAACCAUACUUUAUUAUAUUUUCUUAUCCAAAUGUAAAGAAACAAAUGAAAUACGUUUCCAAAUAAAUUAUUUGGAUAGCUUACAAAUGACGCUGACAAAACGAAAAGAGAAGAAACAGUGAAGAAAAAAAAAAGUGAUUUUCAUUCUCUCCAUUGAUUUUUUGCCGACCGGAGAAAAUAUCUUCUUCCGUCUUCUUCAUUUCACCAGGAAUUUUCUUUGAAAUCGGUUUGAUUUGGCCAUGGCUAACGCGGCGUCAGGAAUGGCUGUGCAUGAUGAUUGCAAGCUGAAAUUUAUGGAACUGAAGGCGAAACGAACAUUCCGUACCAUAGUUUACAAGAUUGAGGACAAGCAAGUGAUUGUAGAGAAACUCGGUGAACCUGAACAAUCAUAUGAUGACUUUGCAGCAAGUCUUCCAGCUGAUGAAUGUCGAUACUGCAUUUACGAUUUCGACUUUGUCACUGCGGAGAACUGCCAGAAAAGCAAGAUAUUCUUCAUUGCAUGGUCUCCGGACACUGCUAAAGUGAGAGACAAGAUGAUUUACGCUAGCUCUAAGGAUAGGUUCAAGAGAGAACUAGAUGGAAUUCAGGUGGAACUUCAAGCUACCGAUCCAACCGAAAUGGGUCUUGAUGUUUUCAAAAGCCGCACCAACUAAGAAAAAAACCCUUGUAAGGGCCUUGAAUAAGUUUGGUUUCUGGAGUGAAUAUGUUUCCUCUGACUGUUAUGAAAACUUUUUAACAACUUUAUUCAAUUUGGUAUUAUUGUCUGUCUUUGAUGUGUUUCAUCUAUGGGAACUAUGAGAUGUGUGUCUUGUGAUGGUUUUCAAUUAGUUAAUAUAUACAAUACUUGAAAUCAGAUUUGGUGUUAUUGCUAGGCUUCAAGCCUUGUCACAACAACACUUCAUGAUUUAUCUAUCUGAUUAUUUAUUUUA